AUGGAGAAGGCAAAGGAAUGCAUCAUGAAAACAUUUCUUAAUGAUGAGAGCAAGUACAAUGAUGUUUUUAAAAUCAUUGACAAUAGAUGGAAUUGCCAACUUCAUCGUCCGUUGCAUGCAGCCGGUCAUUUUCUAAAUCCCGAGUUGUUUUAUGAUAACCCUCGGAUUGAGCUGGAUUUAGAAGUUACAAAGGGGUGGUUUGAGUGCAUCACUAGAUUGGUGCCAAGUCAAGUUGUGCAACAGAAGAGAUUGGAGGAGCAAGCAUUAUACAAGGCCGGCUAUGGACUUUUUGGAUUAGAUUUUACAAAAUCUCAAAGGAAAAAGAUUUCACUUGCUCCAAACAUGCGAGACCUUGCUAUCAAGAUCUUGAGCUUGACUUGUAGUACUUCUGGAUGUGAGCGCAAUUGGAGUAUAUUUGAGCACAUUCAUACUAAGAAAAGAAAUAGGCUUGAUCGUGAAAGGAUGGAGAGUUUAGUCUUCAUAAAGUAUAACCAACAACUCAUCAAGAGGUACAACCUUAAAGAUGAAGUUGACCCUAUUGCACUCAAUGAUAUUAAUGUGUGUAAUGAGUGGUUAGUGGGAGAAAUUAGGACUGCCACCUUUCGAGAUGAUAGUGUGGAUGAUGAUGCUGAUUUGGUUCAUCAAGAUGACAACACUUUGAGUUGGAACCUUAUUUUUGAAGCAAUGGGAGGACAUGAGCCUACAACAAAUACUAGAAGACAACAAAAUAGAAAAAGAAAAGAACCUACAACUGCAAGAGGUGGUGCAAAGGGUGGACCAAGUGGGUCUAAGGCUUCAAAAAAAGGAAAAGGAAAGGCAGUAAUUAUGGAAGAGGAAGAACCAGAAUUUGAAAAUGAAGAGGAUUCUGAAAAUGAAGAAGAACAAGAAGAGGAGAUUCAAUUCAAUGAUACCGAAUCAGAGGAUGAUGAGGGGACAGAGGGACAUGAUAAUAAUUGUGUUAAUUUGGAUGAAUUUAAUGAGAGCUAG